AUGGAGAGGGUGACGACAUUGGCGUCGCGGAAUCCCGUGGUGAUCUUCAGUAAGAGCUCCUGUGGCCUCUGCCAUGCGGCGGAGACUCUGAUCAGAAGCUUUGGGGCCAGCCCCGCUGUUUGCGAGCUGGAUUUGGAGCCUCAUGGGAAGGAAAUCGAGAGGGCUCUGCAGAGGCUGGGGCGCAAAUCUGUGCCAGCCAUCUUCAUUGGAGGAGUUCUGGUUGGGGGAUCAGAAGAACUCCUUACCCUUCAACUUGAUGGCUCUCUGAAACAAAAGCUCAUACUUGCCGGAGCUAUUUUUCUCUGA